GGCGAAUCCCAUGUCCGAAUGCACAAUGCACCAACACCCCUGGCUCAUUCAUAUGCAUCUGCUACCCCGGUUACAGACCUGGCAGUGGCGGUACAACCUGUGUUGAUAUAGAUGAAUGUCAAAUGAGGCCAGGCCGGUGUCAGAAUGGAGAUUGUGAGAAUACAGAUGGCUCAUUCACAUGCUCCUGUUACUUCGGGUACAGAACUGGCAGUGAGGGAACAACCUGUGUUGAUAUAGAUGAAUGUCAAAUGAGCCCAGGCCGGUGUCAGAAUGGAUAUUGUGAGAAUACUGAUGGCUCAUUCACAUGCUCCUGUUACUCCGGCUACAGAACUGGCAGUGAGGGAACAACCUGUGUUGAUAUAAAUGAAUGUACAGAGAGAGACCUGUGUAGAAAUGGACAUUGUGAGAACCUCAGUGGCUCAUUCAAGUGCAUCUGUGACACUGGUUAUGCAGCUGACUAUACAGGAACAACCUGUGUUGAUAUUAAUGAAUGUACAGAGAGGCCAGACCGGUGUGGAAAUUUUAGAAAAUGUAGAAACACCCGUGGCUCAUUCAAGUGCAUCUGUGACACUGGUUAUGCAGACGACUAUACGGGAACAACCUGUGUUGAUAUAAAUGAAUGUACAGAGAGAGACCUGUGUAGAAAUGGACAUUGUGAGAACCUCAGUGGCUCAUUCAAGUGCAUCUGUUACACUGGUUAUGCAGCUGAAUAUAAGGGAACAACCUGUGUUGAUAUAGAUGAAUGUACAGAGAGAGACCUGUGUAGAAAUGGACAUUGUGAGAACCUCAGUGGCUCAUUCAAGUGCAUCUGUGACACUGGUUAUGCAGCUGACUAUAAGGGAACAACCUGUGUUGAUAUAAAUGAAUGUACAGAGAGAGACCUGUGUAGAAAUGGACAUUGUGAGAACCUCAGUGGCUCAUUCAAGUGCAUCUGUGACACUGGUUAUGCAGCUGACUAUAAGGGAACAACCUGUGUUGAUAUAGAUGAAUGUACAGAGAGAGACCUGUGUAGAAAUGGACAUUGUGAGAACCUCAGUGGCUCAUUCAAGUGCAUCUGUGACACUGGUUAUGCAGCUGACUAUAAGGGAACAACCUGUGUUGAUAUUGAUGAAUGUACAGAGAGGCAAGACCAGUGUGAUGAUGGACAAUGUAAGAACACCCCUGGCUCAUUCACGUGCUCCUGUGACAUUGGCUUUACAGCUGAUUAUAAUGGAACAUACUGCGUUGAUAUCAAUGAAUGUGCAGAGAGGCCAGACCGGUGUGGAAAUGGACAAUGUAGCAACACCAUUGGCUCAUUCACAUGCUCCUGUGGUGCUGGUUAUGCAGCUGAUAAUAAGGGAACAACCUGUGUUGAUAUAGAUGAAUGUCAAAUGAGGCCAGGCCGGUGUCAAAAUGGAGAUUGUGAGAAUACUGAUGGCUCAUUCACAUGCUCCUGUUACUCCGGGUACAGAACUGGCAGUGAGGGAACAACCUGUGUUGAUAUAGAUGAAUGUCAAAUGAGGCCAGGCCGGUGUCAAAAUGGAGAUUGUGAGAAUACAGAUGGCUCAUUCACAUGCUCCUGUUACUCCGGGUACAGAACUGGCAGUGAGGGAACAACCUGUGUUGAUAUUAAUGAAUGUACAGAGAGGCCAGACCAGUGUGGCAAUGGAAAAUGUAGAAACACCCGUGGCUCAUUCAAGUGCAUCUGUGACACUGGUUAUGCAGCCGACUAUACGGGAACAACCUGUGUUGUUUUCUAG